AGGAAGUUAUCAGCGCGCGUGUUUGUGUAACGUGUGGGAAAGGCAGUCAAUGUCCUUUAAUGCAAUGACACAUUUUGUCAAUGGCUGGACAGUUGAAGAAACAGUUUAAAGAGGCGGUGAAGGUCAUCAGCGCAGGAAGCCUUUUAUUCGCCUCUUACCUCACUGGGAUUGGAGAUGAGCGUUUCUAUGCCAACCAUCUUAUGCCUUUGCUGCAGAGGAUUGUGGGGCCAGAAACGGCACACGUGUUGGCAGUCAAGAUGAUAGGACUGGGUCUGGUUCCUCUGAACCGCUACCAGGACCCUGCAUCAUUGGAAGUGAAUGUACUUGGAUUAAAGUUCAAAAACCCCAUUGGGAUUGCAGCGGGUUUCGACAAACAUGGCGAGGCUGUUGAUGGCUUGUACAAAGUAGGUUUUGGCUUUGUUGAGGUGGGGACAAUCACUCCAAAGCCUCAGGACGGGAACCCUAAACCACGUGUGUUUCGACUGCCGGCAGACCAAGGGAUUAUCAACAGGUAUGGAUUUAACAGCUGUGGACUGGAAGAAGUACAGCAGAGGUUAAAGGCAAGAGAGGAAACACAGCAGGAGCAUAGCAAAACUGGCCUUCCCCUGGGCAUCAACCUGGGGAAGAACAAGCUUUCUACGGAUGCAGGGGCCGAUUACACGGAGGGGGUGAGAGCGCUGGGCCCGCUGGCCGACUACCUGGUUGUGAACGUCAGCAGUCCUAAUACUCCAGGUCUCAGAGAUCUACAGGGAAAGGCUGAACUCCGCCAGCUCUUACGCACGGUGCUGAAGGAGCGUGAUGGCAUGAAGGAAGAAUGCAAACCUCCAGUUUUGGUAAAGAUUGCUCCGGACCUCACUGCCCAGGACAAACAAGACAUAGCUGAUGUUGUUACCGAGCUGGGAGUCGAUGGUUUGAUGGUGUCGAACACCACUGUGUCCAGGCCAGAGUCUCUUCAGGACUCACAGAAGUCUGAGGCUGGUGGUCUGAGUGGCCAGCCUCUCAAAGAACUCUCCACUAACACAGUCAGGGACAUGUACAACCUCACCAGAGGGAAAGUGCCAAUUAUUGGAAUCGGGGGUGUGGCCAGUGGGCAGGAUGCGAUGGAUAAGAUCCGUGCUGGGGCUUCCCUGGUGCAGCUCUACAGCGCUUUAACAUUUCAGGGCCCACCUGUGGUGACAAAGAUAAAGCGAGAAUUGGAACAGCUUCUGAAGGAUCAAGGUUUCAGCUGUGUGUCAGAGGCUGUAGGAGCAGAUCACAGGGAAGUGGACGGGAAGUGUUAACACUGACACUUGGGGCUUGGCGGCGUCUACAUUUGUAAAACUAUUGUCAGCUUUGACUGAACUGUAAUGGAUUCUGAGUAAUUGUGAUUGCCCAUUUGUUAAGUCUGAUUGCAAAGGAGGCAGAUAUAUUGAUGGUCGGACCUCUGUAGGACUGCAAAAAUCUUUUCAUCUACAGUGGUUAGAAGCUGAAGUCUCCAGCUGACUUCAGUUAUUUGUUUUUUGUUACAGUGUAACAGCAGCUAUUAUUUCUCAAGUGCUGACACCAACGUGCUUGAACUCGAUUUUACAAAUGUACACAGUUUGUUUGCUUGUAAAUCUAUGUAUCUAUCUGAAUCUAUGAUGAUGUUGUGAAAUUAAAAUAGCAGUACCUGUCUUCACUGGUAAAUACACUCCUAUUACCAAAAAUAUAUUACCCAAAAGUAUCUUGUGGUCAUGUUGUCCGUGGAAAUUUUGGAUGAAAAGGGGUUGAAUAUGCUGCUCUAAAGAUGUUUUUAUCAGUUUCCUUGCACAACUUGCUGUCAAUUACUCUGAUAUGUAAUGAUCACAUAGAUAAAUUAUCCAUUUAUAUUUCAUUAAAAACUGUCAGGACGUAUACAACAACUUUUAUUAAUUGGAUACACUGCAAUGUGAUAACUGUAAUUAAUUUGUUUCUUUAUUUUAGUUAUUUAAAUGUGGAGCACCUAUGAGGAAAAUAGACUUGAACAUCCACAAACCCUUUUAACUUGGAGAAGAAAUCAACAUUUUUCAAUGACAGUUAUUUCCCACAGUCUUAAAGGAAAAUAAACAGGA